AUGACGGAAGCGUUGGGAAGAGAAGUCGGAGGACGGCAGCGUAUAGAAGACCUGGAGAGGCCACAACUCGAUGAUCGCUCGUACCGAAUCAUCACCCUACCGAAUCAACUAGAGGUUCUUUUGAUACACGAGGCGGGGACAGACAAGGCUAGCGCGGCACUGGACGUCAACGUGGGCAGCUUCAGCGAUGCGCCGGACAUGCCAGGCAUCGCGCACGCGGUAGAGCACCUGCUAUUCAUGGGCACUGAGAAGUACCCGGAGGAAAACGCCUACAACCAGUAUCUGACGCGCCACGGCGGAUACUCGAAUGCCUUCACGGCCUCUACGUCGACCAACUACUACUUCGAACUUUCAUAUCCUUCCUCUACGCCUACGAGCAGCCAAGCCGCCUCACCAGAUGUAUCACAAACAAACCUGGCAGAGUCCAAAGACGAAUCGCCGCUAUGGGGAGGGCUGGAUCGCUUUGGCCAAUUCUUCAUCAGUCCCCUGUUCUUGGAGGACACAGUCGACCGCGAGCUCAAAGCGGUGGAUUCAGAGAACAAGAAGAACCUUCAAAACGACACCUGGAGGAUGCACCAGCUCAACAAAGCCUUGGCAAAUCCAGAACAUCCCUACAACCACUUUUCCACGGGAAGCUACAAGACUCUACACGACGAACCAAUAGCACGCGGAGUAAAGAUCCGCGAUGAGUUCAUCAAGUUCCAUUCAACGCAUUACUCGGCGAACCGUAUGAAGUUGGUUGUCCUAGGUCGGGAGAGUUUAGAUACACUGGAGGCAUGGGUAGAAGAGAUCUUCGCCAAAGUGCCAAACAAAGAUCUUGGCCAGAAUCGUUGGGAUAUGCCUGUCUAUACCGAGAACGAACUGUUAACACAGACCUUCGCCAGACCGGUUUUGGAGUCCCGGUCAUUAGAGCUACAAUUUGCGUAUCGUGAUGAAGAGAGGUUUUACGAGUCACAUCCUUCAAGAUACCUAAGUCACUUACUCGGUCAUGAGGGCCCUGGCAGUAUUCUUGCACUCAUCAAGGCAAAAGGAUGGGCGAACGGGCUUGGGGCAGGAGGAUCUACUCUAUGUCCUGGCUCUGGAUUGUUUACCGUCAAUAUUAAGUUGACCGAAGAGGGCCUCAAAAACUACAAGGAGGUUGCGAAACUUGUCUUCCAGUAUAUCGGACUGAUGCGCGAUCAGCCGCCUCAAGAGUGGGUAGUUGAAGAGCAAAUGCGGAUUAGUGAAGUAGAGUUCCGAUUCAAGCAAAAGAGUCCGCCAAGCAGGACUGCAAGUGGUCUAGCAGGCAUCAUGCAGAGGCCGUACGACCGCAAGAUGUUGCUAAGCGGACCAGCAAUUAUCAAGAAGUUUGAUUCCGAGCUGAUUAGCGAAGCUAUGUCUUACCUCCGGCCGGACAACUUCAGGAUGACGAUUAUCAGUCAAGAUUUCCCAGGCGGUUGGGACCAAAAAGAGAAAUGGUAUGGCACAGAACACAAAGUCGAGAAGAUACCAGAGGAUUUCCUUGCCGAGAUCAAACAAGCAUUCGAAAGCAAGAGCCGACCGGCAGAGUUGCAUUUCCCACAUAGAAAUGAGUUUAUUCCAACCCGACUGGAAGUGGAGAAGAAGGAUGUUGAACAGCCGACCAAGAAGCCCAAGCUUAUACGCCAUGACGACAACGUGCGUAUCUGGUGGAAGAAGGACGAUCAGUUCUGGGUACCCAAGGCCAACGUGCACAUUUACUUCAGAACGCCUAUCACCAACGUCACAGCCCGUAUUACACUGCUAUGCACGCUGUAUCGCGAACUUGUGAACGACGCUCUGGUAGAGUAUUCAUACGACGCCGACCUUUCUGGGUUGGUCUACGACUUUACCAACCACAUCAGUGGUCUUUCGAUUACUGUAAGCGGUUACAACGACAAGCUCCAUGUAUUACUGGAGAAGGUCUUACUUCAAGUACGAGAUCUUGAGGUGUCGGAAGAUCGUUUCAAGAUUAUUCACGACCGGAUGUUGCGUUCUCUACGCAACUGGGAGUACGGACAGCCUUUCCAUCAAGUCGGUACCUACUCUCGACAGUUCAAGAGUGAGAAGAGUGUAAUGAAUGACGAACUGCUCCCAGAACUUGAGAACGUGACGGCGCAAGAUGUCCAGCAAUUUUUCCCACAGAUUCUAGCGCAGUGUCAGAUUGAGGUCUUGGCACACGGUAAUCUCUACAAGGAGGAGGCUUUGAAGAUCACUGAUCUCGUAGAGCGUACCAUCAAACCCAGGAGGCUACCAGCGAAUCAAGUACCGACGCGUCGGGGUCUCAUCUGGCCGUCCGGCAGUAACUUCAUCUAUGAGAAGCAACUAAAGGACCCUGAGAACGUCAACCACUGCAUCGAGUACAGUCUGUAUGCCGGCCAUCGAUACGACAGCGUCAUGCGCGCCAAACUGCUACUUCUUGGACAGAUGACAGAUGAGCCUUGUUUCAAUCAGCUUCGUACCAUCGAGCAACUUGGCUACGUCGUGUUUUCUGGCCCUAGCUUCCACGACAUUUGGUCAGGAUAUCGUAUCCUUAUACAGAGUGAAAAAGAUUGUCGGUACCUUGAGGGUCGCAUCGAGAACUUCCUAAACACUUUCGAGCAGACUUUGAAUGAUAUGAGUGACGAGGACUUUGAAAGUCACAAACGCGCGAUGAUCAACAAGAGGCUGGCAAAACUGAAGAAUUUGUCAUCUGAAGACAACAGGUUUUGGAAUCAUAUUUAUAGUGAUUCCUAUGAUUUCCUGCAAGCCGAUGUUGAUGCUGCGACUCUUGAGAAGCUCACAAAGAAGGAUAUGGUCGACUUCUACAACCACUACAUCUCGACAUCAUCCUCUCAGCGCUCCAAGCUAUCUGUGCACCUCCAAGCACAGGCUAAAGCAAAGGAGCCUUCGCUCGAUGAGAGGAAGACUGCAGCUGCAGCUGCACUCAAAAUCAUCCUUGCCGAACACAAGAUCACAGCUAAGGACGAGGCUUUCCAGGCCCGUAUAAAAGACGUAUCGUCUAAGGAUGCUAUCCCAGAUGCCGUUGCCACACAUCUUACUGAUGACCUCAAGGUGGACAAGGAGGUCGCUAACAAGGUCCUUGAUGAAGCCAAGGCUGCACUGGGUGUCGCGGACUCCGGUCUCCCUGCGGCUCCACAGGCCCUCGAUGCGUCGGCGGAUGUUAAGAGCAUAGUGGAUGCAUCGCAUCCUGUUCUCAUUGAAGACGUACAUGCGUGGAAGGCAAGCAUGCAAGUCAGCUCCGGUGUGCGACCGGUACGCAACCUUGAGGAAUUCGUCGAGGUUGCUGAGAAGUUGUGA